AGUAUCUGAGCGUUCUUCGGCGUGAGCCCGUGCUUUCGAGUGGAUUUCCAGUUGCGCUCGCACAGACCAACCUGGAAGCUUCACUUCAUCUGCAUCGACAUCCUCGAGCCACCGCCAGACAACCGUGAAACCACACACUCUCGCUAUUGGCUAUGCAUGCAACAACGACACGGCGUAUGGGCGGCGGCUUGCUUGCAUUCCUGUCCUCGCCUUCAGCCACAUGCGCCGAGCGACAAGCUUCCCGGCAAGUUCGACUCGUCUUCCAACGCCGUCGCAUAACCUCAGCAUCUCCCCGCUACCAGCAGCCUGUCGCCGCCGGUGCUCCGGCAGCUCCGACCCCUGUGUCUUCACCUCCUUCACAAACCGAUCGCCUGCGGACCCUCGAGACAGUCACCGACCUUGAACCCCGCACGCUCACCGAUCAACUUGCCGAUCCGCCACCUUUCCUGAGCGAAGACGAAAGGCAGGUGGACUGGACCCGAUCCUACCAUGGCCUUUCGUCCACGCCGUUCACAGCGGAGCAAGCCGCGAUACUGCAGCAGAAGAUUGAGUUCGACGACAUCGAGAUCAAGCCUGAUGGAAUCAUAUACCUCCCGGAGAUCAAAUAUAGACGAAUAUUGAAUCGCGCAUUCGGCCCAGGCGGAUGGGGGUUGGCGCCGAGGGGAGAGACGAUAGUCACGGGAAAGCUGGUCACACGAGAGUAUGGCUUGGUGUGUGGAGGGCGGCUGGUGUCGAUAGCGCGCGGCGAACAACAGUACUUCGACCCCGACGGCAUCCCAACGGCCACCGAAGGCUGCAAAUCCAACGCUCUCAUGCGAUGCUGCAAAGAUCUGGGUAUUGCCAGCGAGUUGUGGGAUCCGCGAUUUAUCAGGAAGUUCAUGGCGCAAAUGGGCAAAGAGAUGGUCGUGGAGCACGCGACAACGAAGAAGAGGCGGAAGCACUACAUGCGGAAGGACGAUGAGCUGAAAUACCCCUUGAAGGAGGUUGCUGUUCCAGGGUCCGGCAACGGCGGACAGAAUGCGGGCUUCGGGACAGGCGCGAGAAGAUGAUCGCGGUCUAAUCGGACAGCUAUGCGCUUUUGACUGCUCCAGGCCGUGGCUGCGGUGUAAUUACUCAUGACGACUGUGACAUUCGUAGACGCAUCGGUAACAUAUCCUCCAUUGGCUUUGUAUCAAGGACUACUGCCACUCGCAUCGUUGCAACAGUAACCAAUGCUGUAUGUGCUGUGAUGGCCCAUCUCGAGCGACCACAUGGCUCAUCUUUCUAAUGCAGACCAUUUCAUUUCAUCCUCUCCGACGGCCUCGACUGCACGUGCACAUCUACUGGUCGCGAUUUAACG